UUAUGUUAUGGUGUUAACUUAGAACUCCGAUAUUUUUCCACUGCCUAAAAACUGAAUUGAUACAAUAAAGGAAACUAGUUUCAGCUGGGCAUGGGGCAGUCUAGGCACAGCUGAUGCGGUAUUGAGUAUCUUUGUAGACAUUUCUCAGGCAAGUGGAAUGUGGACUGUAGAGGGGAAAGUUCGCUGUGUAAUGUGUACAAAGGUCGGACAGUGGGUAAUUGGCUGAAUAGUUUCUACCGUCGAAUCGACAAAGUAACCGACAGCAGGAUGUCCACACUAAGAAAAAUUGCUGGAAUUCCUUUACGAUCUGGCCUGAGGACAUUGUCUAGUGCUGCUGCAAAACCAGCUGCAGCAGAAGGACACCAUCCAAAUGGAUACGCGUUUGAGUUAAAUGAAACACAAAAAGAAUUUCAAGAACUUGCUCGAAAAUUUGCAAGAGAAGAAGUGAUACCUGUUGCCGCUGAAUAUGAUCGAACAAUGAAAUUUCCAUGGGAUAUUGUUAAAAAAGCGUGGUCCUUAGGACUGAUGAAUGGUCAUAUUCCAACACAUUGUGGUGGACUGGGAUUAGGAGUUUUUGAUGGCUGUAUGAUGGCUGAAGAACUUGCCUAUGGCUGUACGGGAAUUAUGACAGCCUUGGAAGCCAGUGGCCUUGGUCAAAUGCCUGUGAUUUUGGCUGGAAACAAAGAACAGCAGAAGAAGUAUUUGGGGCGCCUGGUCGAAGAACCACUUCUUGCUGCAUACUGUGUUACUGAACCAGGUGCUGGUUCCGAUGUCAGUGGUGUUAAAACACGUGCUGAGAAGAAAGGUGAUGAAUACAUCAUCAACGGCCAGAAAAUGUGGAUAACAAAUGGAGGAGUUGCUAAUUGGUACUUUGUUUUGGCUCGUACGGAUCCCAAUCCUAAGGCAUCUGCAGGUAAAGCAUUCACUGGAUUCAUUGUGGAGAGGGAUACUCCUGGCUUGACUCCAGGCAGAAAGGAAAUAAAUAUGGGUCAGAGAUGUUCUGAUACGAGAGGAAUCACAUUUGAAGAUGUCAGAGUACCGAAGGAGAAUGUCCUUAUUGCUGAGGGUGCCGGAUUUAAAAUUGCUAUGGGAGCAUUUGACAAGACACGCCCACCAGUUGCAGCAGGUGCAGUUGGACUGGCACAGAGAGCACUAGAUGAAGCUACAAAAUAUGCAAUGGAAAGGAAAACAUUUGGUGUACCCAUAGCACAACACCAGGCUGUAGCAUUCAUGUUGGCUGAUAUGGCCAUUGGAAUAGAAACUGCUCGUCUGGCAUGGAUGCGUUCUGCUUGGGAAGCUGAUCAAGGGCGUCGAAAUUCUUACCAUGCUUCCAUUGCCAAAGCUUAUGCUGCUGAUGUUGCAAACAAGUGUGCCACUGAUGCUGUUCAGAUAUUUGGUGGUAAUGGCUUCAACAGUGAAUAUCCUGUUGAAAAAUUAAUGCGUGAUGCAAAGAUAUAUCAAAUUUAUGAAGGUACAGCACAAAUUCAGCGCCUGAUUGUUUCCAGAAAUAUUUUUGAGAAGGCAAAAACAUCUGCCUGAGACUGUAUGUGAAUCUGAGAAGUAUUAAAAGUGAAAUCACAUGUAAAAAAUGUGAAACAUUGUAAUUUUAGGCUGUCUCAAAGACAGUCAUAAGUGUAACUAGGUGCUAAUGAAAAACAUGAUACAUUGUUUCUUGCCUCUGUUCUGUGAUCAUUUGCAAUCAGUAUGGUGUCUGCACCUUCAAACUUAACUUUAGCAACAAUUUUAAUGGUUGCAGUAACCCGAAUCUCUUUCACAGCAUUGUUGCAUGUAUUUGAAACAUACUUGUUAUUAAAGAAAAUUUAUAUUUUUA